AAACUGCAUUAUCCAGCGGAGAAAACCCCCCGAAUGGAGAAGUUUAUCAUGGAUUCCAAAUCUUCGAUCAAAGGUCCCUUUCUGUCACAGGAAAUUCGAUUCAAAAUUUAUCCGUUUCGGUCGAAAGGCAGAGCCACAGAGCGAUUCGAGGUGUACACAGUCCGGAAUUCGAUCCUGAACUGGCAAGCCGCAAAAUUCCGCCCCCGCAGCAAGAAGAUUUCCACCCGUUCAUCGAAGCUUUGUUGCCUUACGUUAAGUCCUUCAGUUACACUUGGUUCAACCUGCAGGCUGCCAAGCGGCGCUACCUCAAGAAGCACGAGAAGAAGAUGACCCACAACGAGGAAAACAAAUGCAAACGGGACUUUCAGAACGAAAAUCCGGAAACGAAACAGAAAUGGGCCGCCCGACUGCUGGGGAAGCUGCGCAAGGACAUUACCCACGACAGUCGGGAGAAUUUCGUCCACUGCAUCUCGAAAAAGAAAACCUCGAUGUGCAUCCUGUCCAAUCCGGACCAGAAGGGCAAGAUGCGCCGGAUCGAUUGCCUUCGGCAGGCCGACAAGGUCUGGCGUCUCGAUCUGGUGAUGGUGAUUCUAUUCAAGGCGAUCCCGCUUGAGAGUACCGACGGUGAACGGCUCGAGAAGGCCUGUUACUGUACCAGCCCGAGCCUGUGCAUUAAUCCGUACCACAUACAAGUAUUAAUUAAGGAAUUGGAUCUCUAUCUGGCCAACUUUAUUAAAUCGAUGAGGAAAACCAAGGAGAAAAGUCACACAACGCUACGAGGAAAUUUUCGAAGGGAAGUAGUAAGGCUUUCUCCUACGACUUCAUCGCACCCACGGGCGUUUUCACAUCGUCCGAGCUCUGGAGCAUCACGCAAGGUUGUAUCGUAGUUUGUUUCUACUUUCAGCUUGUUUGUGUUUUUACUAUAUUACUGUAAUGGUUUGUUCACCGUGAUAAGAGACUGAUGGUUUAUAUGAGUUAGAUUUAGGUUAUGUUUUUAUCAUUGAACUCUGCAAUUUCUACAGGUUGUAUAUUUCACAUCAUUGGAGGGAUAUGUUUGCCAAGGUUUUUUUUCAGUUUUUUCUUUCGCAGGGUUCUCUUUUUCUAUGACUCAUUUCAGAAUAAGCGAUUUUAUGGAUGACACCAGAGCCAAACUUAUCAUACGGUUUAUCUGGAGAAUCUUCACCUCCUUCACCAACUGGAUUGAUCUUCACCAGCUAGAAGGAAAACGAUUUAAUUUAAGCAUACACAAAAUCUUGUAAAUUCCAAUAUUCAUUUUUUAGUCAAUAAAAAUUAUGAUUGUAAAACAAAAUUUUUAGUGCUAUUUAUUUAUGUGUAGGCAUACCCAAAUAUAUUUUUAGUAUCGUGAAAAUCUGGAAAUAAAAUUACCAAUAACGAACAUAA